AUGUAUUCACAGUAUCGAUAUCCACUGCGAAUAAUCGGAAUUCUGGUUCUGACUUACCUGAACCGCCGAGCCGAAAGCAAUGAGAGGGCAGCUCCAAAGGUUGAUAUCAAAAGGCCAAUAAUAAGUAGCGCACUUGCGCCCUCUGAACAUUUUGCGGCUCCGCAGGCUUCGUCGCAAAAUAGCGACUUAGCCAGAGCAUGUAGCGAGCAACGUGAGGACCGCUUCAUGCCGUGUCGACUUGCGUCCGGCCUCCUCCGCCGUCUGGCCUCGUACACACCGAGUACUGCGGCACGCCUUUGCGUGUCGUUUUUAUCCCACUCACCAUCCCGUAGGUCACGAGAGCUGGUUUGGGCCGCCCAACCACGAGCCAGGCUCGCGGUCGAGCGCCCCCGGUCCACCCUCGCUGCUUCGCAGCCGCACGGGCUCCCCAGCCUCACCAGUCUGCAUAUCGUGGCCGACGCGGGCGAGCGGGCAGAGGAUAAGUUCUGA